AUGGUACUGGGGAUGGGACUGGGGCCUGGGGAUGGUACUGGGGAUGGGACUGGGGAUGGGACUGGGACUGGGGCCUGGGGAUGGGACUGGGGCCUGGGGAUGGCUUACCUGGCUGCUUACCUGGCUGCUUACCUGGCUGCUUACCUGGAUGCUUACCUGGCGGCUUACCUGGCUGCUUACCUGGCUGCUUACCUGGCUGCCUACCUGGCUGCCUACCUGGCUGCUUACCUGGCUGCUUACCUGGCUGCUUACCUGGCUGCUUACCUGGCUGCUUACCUGGCUGCCUACCUGGCUGCUUACCUGGCUGCCUACCUGGCUGCCUACCUGGCUGCUUACCUGGCUGCCUACCUGGCUGCCUACCUGGCUGCUUACCUGGCUGCUUACCUGGCUGCUUACCUGGCUGCCACUGACUUAUGA